AUGGUUGUUGGAACGCGAAAAUUUCACCAGGUGUUGAAUUAUGGAGUACAGCAGGGGUCACUGAAGUUCAGAAACUUGUCUUGUUUUUGCAACGGGUGUGAGAGUGACACAGCAACUUGUUUAAAUGAAAGUUAUGUGAAUCCUUACGUUCAAAAGGUAGUAAUUGUAAACACCGUUGAAGAGGAAACGAGAAAACGCAGAAGGAGAAAGAAUGCAGAAGUGGAGAGAUCAGAAGUCUCCGAGUCAGAACCAGAAGAACUAGGUGUCUCAAAGAGAAAACGCAGAAGGAGACAGAAUGCAGAAGUGAAAAGAGCAGAAGUCUCUGAGUCAGAACCAGGAGUGUCUGCACCAGAACUAGACGUCUCAAAGAGAAAAGGCAGCAGGAGAAAGAAUGCAGAAGUGGAGAGAUCAGAAGUCUCCGAGUCAGAAACAGAAGAACUAGAUGUCUCUAAUAGAAAACGCAGAAGGAGACAGAAUGCAGAAGUGAAAAGACCAGAAGUCUCUGAGUCAGAACCAGGAGUGUCAGCACCAGAACUAGACGCCUCAAAGAGAAAAGGCAGCAGGAGAAAGAAUGCAGAAGUGGAGAGAUCAGAAACAGAAGAACUAGAUGUCUUUAAGAGAAAACGCAGAAGGAGAAAGAAUGCAGAAGUGGAGAGAUCAGAAGUCUCCGAGUCAGAACCAGAAGAAUUAGAUGUCUCAAAGAGAAAACGCAGAAGGAGACAGAAUGCAGAAGUGAAAAGACCAGAAGUCUCUGAAUCAGAUCCAGAAGUGUCUGUACCAGAACCAAACAUCCUUGUGACUGACUCUAAUGAACAUGAUGGAAGGUUGAUUAAAGAAGUCGAUUGCACUAUUGUAGAAUCAGCUUGGAGGAAAUUGGAGUCGUGUACAACUUUUGAUGAUAUUCAAAUCAAAAUAACAGAGUUUGCAACAGAAUUUCCUCCAAUUCUGAAACUACCUAAAGUUACAUUCAUAUCACAUGGACUUAUCAUGGACAAUUCAGCUCUAAAGCUAUUGCCAGCUGACUACCAAAUAAAAGCAUUAUACCCAGCUAGGGUGUAUGCGGAUGGAAACUGCCUUCCAAGAACUGCGAGUGUACUAGUAUAUGGAAUUGAAGACAGACACUUGGAAAUGCGAGUCAGAAUCAUAAAAGAACUUGUUGAAAGUGAAGAAAAAUAUCUUAGUGACGCAUAUCUGGCUACAGGAGCAAAUGCAGAUGUUAAUGGCAGUAUAGUGAAAACAUGGCAAAUGUUUUCUGAACAAUAUCGUGAUCAAAAAUUGACCCCUACAACCAUAAGAAGGAUAUAUCGGGCAGAAGUUCUUGGCCUUUGUUCGAAAAAUUCAUAUAUGGGUAUUUGGCAGAUAGCGGCACUGUCAAAUAACCUUAACACAGUAAUUAUAUCUGUGUAUCCAGAAUAUGGAGGUUCCACCGUCAGAAUAGACCUUCAUAGGAAAUUUAUACCUUACAGACUGGCAAGCAAAACCAGACCAGAGACAGUUCAUAUCAUGUGGAGUAAUGUUCUUGGAACAGACAUCCCAGAAUUGCAGUGGCGUCCAAAUCAUUUUGUUCCAUUGUUAGAAAUGUUACAAGAGGAAACAAAUGAAGAGUUCUCUUUUGAAAUUGAGGAUACCUCGGACAGCAUGACCAUGAUUACAGAUCUUCUUGGAUGUCUGUAUGAUCCUGAUAUCCAUGGUGAAGAAUCAAGGGGUUCAGCGGAGGUUCGUAAAUCAGAUGAGGAUGACUCAAGGCUUUCCCCAGAGAUUCCAUUUCAACAAUCUGCAGUUGAUGUUUCUGACUCGCCUGAGAGGAUAUUUCCAGACAUUCUGUGUGAACUAACUAAACGUGAUGAAACUGGUCCGACUGAGAGCUUUCCAGUAGACCAGUUGCAAGCACAGGACUUGUCUCCACUACUUCCUGGUAGUCCAUUUUCAGUGUCCAGUGUUGACCCACAGAUCCAGAAUCAAAGCUACUCUUCAGGGACAUUCAUUGCUGUAUUACAUGGUUCAAAUAUAAUUCCUGCAGUUGUAAGUCAUGAAAUUGAAAUUGGAUUCUAA